AGGGCCGACCGCCCGCGAUCCGCAGCCGGAGCGAUGGAGUCCUCCUGGCUGGAGACCCGCUGGGCGCGGCCCUUUUACCUGGCGUUCGUGUUCUGCCUGGCCCUGGCGCUGCUGCAGGCGAUCAAGCUCUACCUGCGGAGGCAGCGGCUGCUGAGAGACCUGCGACCCUUCCCUGCGCCCCCGACCCACUGGUUCUAUGGCCACCAGAAGUUACUUCAAGAUGGUAAAAUGGAGAAGUUUGAGGAGUUUGUUGCAGACUACCCUUGUGCCUUUCCUUGCUGGAUUGGGCCCUUCCAGGCAUUUUUCUAUAUCUAUGACCCGGACUAUGCCAAGAUAUUUCUGAAUAGAACAGAUCCCCAGUCCAUGCACCUGCACAAGUUCUCGAUGCCUUGUGUUGGAAAAGGACUGGUGAAUCUAGAUGGACCAAAGUGGUUCCAGCGCCGUCAUCUGCUAACUCCCGGAUUCAGUUUUAGCAUCUUGAAGUCGUAUGUUGAGGUGAUGGCCCAUUCUGUGAACAUGAUGCUGGAUAAGUGGGAGAAGAUGUGCAGCACUCAGGACACAGCUGUGGAGGUAUCUGAGCACAUCAGCUUGUUGACCCUGGACAUACUCAUGAAAUGUGCUUUGAGCUGGGAGACCAACUGCCAGAUAAACAGUACCCAAGAUUUGUAUGUAAAAGCGAUGGUUGAAGUCAGCAAAAUCAUCUUUAAUGACUUGUAUCGUUUCUUCCAUCACCAAGACGUAAUUUUCAAGUUCAGCCCCGAGGACCACCACUUACAGGAGAUAAGCAACGCACUGCAUCAGUGCACAGAAAAAGUAAUUCAGGAUAGAAAGAAGUCCCUCGAGGAUGAGGAGGAGCAGGAUAAUGCUCAGAAGAGAAAUUACCAGGAUUUUCUGGACUUCCUCCUUUCUGCCCAGGCUGAAAGUGGUGAUAGCUUCUCAGAUUCUGACCUGCAGUCCGAGGUGAACACGUUCGUGUUAGCAGGACACAACAGUUCGGCCGGGGCCAUCUCCUGCCUGCUCUACCACCUGGCUCUGCACCCUGAGCAUCAGGAGAGAUGCCGGGAAGAGAUCAGGGCCAUCCUGGGGGAUGGGGCUUCCAUCACCUGGGAACAGCUGAGUGAGAUGUCUUACACCACAAUGUGCAUCAAGGAGUCGCUCCGAUUGGCCCCUCCCAUCCCAUCCGUUUCCAGAGAACUCAGCAAGCCCAUGACCUUCCCUGAUGGACGCUCCUUGCCUGCAGGAAUAACUGUGGUUCUCAGUAUUUGGGGUCUUCACCACAAUCCUACCGUUUGGGAACACCCAAAGGUCUUUGACCCCUUGAGGUUCUCUCAGAAGAAUUCUGAUCAAAGGCACCCCCAUUCCUUCCUACCGUUCUCAGCUGGACCCAGGAACUGCAUCGGGCAGCAUUUUGCCAUGGUUGAGUUAAAGGUGGCCAUUGCCUUGAUUCUGCUUCACUUCAGGGUGACUCCAGACCCCGCCAGACCUCUUGUCUUCUUGCCCCAGUCUGUCCUCAAACCCCAACAGGGGCUGCAUGUGUACCUGAAGAAACUCACCAAAUGUUAGAGCCCCAAAAAAAUAUUCUAGAUACUUGCUUUGAAUUUAAAGUACAGCUAUGGUCUAAGAUGAAAAGAAUGAAAAUAUGGUAGAAGGGGUAAGGGUCGGGGAAUGGAGGACUCUGUGGAGCUGUACAUUAUCCAAAAACAUUUCCAGGUGACACAGGGUGUUACCUAGCUCUAUUCCUUUUUUUUUUUUAUUGUUUUUAAAGAUUUAUUUUUAUUUAUACAAGAGCUGGGGUACAGGCCAGAGUUACGGGAAGGUGAGAGGAUUCACCAGAGACAGAGCGGGGAGCAGAACAGGCAGUCAGGAUGAAAGCACUGCUGAGGGGAGCAGCGGGCUGCUGAAGGGAGUAGUGGGCGAAGACAGGAGAGGUCUUCUUCGCCAUGUGGGAUUCUCCCUGGCUGGCCGGGAAUCAAACCAGUGCUGUGGAGGCUGCGGACAGCUUCACAGCGCUGCGCUCAACCCGCUGCGCCACCAGGGAGACCCACCUAGCUCUAUUUCUAUAUACCUUUGGGAGACUGUCAGAUCUUUUCUGUUUGAUUCAGACUAUUAAUGCAAUAUAUCAAUAAUUUUUGCUACGUUACUUUAUUGUCUGUUGGUUUUUAAAAUGGUUCUCAGAAUUAUGUAAUAAGUGAAUAUGUGCUUGCUAUAAAGAUUUCCAACUCUAGAAAAGUCUGCAAAGUAAAAAAAUAAAAUUCCUGCUUCACAUAGCCCAUACCUGUCCUAACCAAUCCUACUAUUUUUUUCCUAAAAACAGAAUCAUCUGGUGUGCAUUCUUUCAGACUUCUAUAUAUUUCAUAUUCACAUGUGUGUGUGUAUGUAUUUUUGUA